GCAUCGUUCGCGUCUCUCCCUCUCAGCGCAUCGCGAACCACCACACGACAUCAAGUCGCGCUCUUCACACUGCUCUCCACACUCCUUAGCAUACCACAAGUGCCUUUCAAAGCAUACGCGACUGGCCUGCACUCUUGUCGCGCAUCAGAGGCUCGUGUCCGGGGACAGAGCUGGCUGGGCGCAUCACAGCUCCCACUUUUAUCCCACCCUCCAUAAACAGCCACAAUGGACUUCGAAUUCGCGAACGAGGAUGCCAAUGCCCCUGGAGAGGCAUCUGACGAGCUGAUUCACGCCGAGAACGAGGCCAUCGAGACAGGCGCCAAGCAGGAAUCGCAGAAUCAGGAUCAAGACACGUCAAUGGUUGAAAACGCGGACGAUGCGAAGGCAGAGCAGCCUGCUGCUGAAAAGCCAACAUCAGACGACGCGGCGCCAGUAUCAGACAAUCCACUCGACGCGCCCGAUGCGCCCGCACCCGAGAACGCUGAAGAGGGUGGGGAGGAUGAAGAGAUGGCCGACACUAAGGACGACGCGACUCCUGCGGCGGGAGCUACACCUGCGCCAGCACAAACCAAAGCUGCGACGGAACAGGUUGCGCGAAAUAAUCUUAUCGACCAGAACCAUGCCAUCAUCUUGCCGAGCUACAGCGCCUGGUUCGACAUGCAUGAAAUUCACGCACUCGAACGCAAGGCAUUGCCCGAGUUCUUCAACAAUCGCAAUCGCAGCAAGACCCCAGCUGUGUACAAAGACUACCGAGACUUUAUGGUCAAUACAUAUCGCUUGAACCCAUCAGAGUAUCUCACGGUGACAGCAUGCAGAAGGAAUUUGGCUGGAGACGUGUGCGCGAUCAUGAGAGUCCACUCGUUCCUGGAGCAGUGGGGUCUCAUCAACUAUCAGAUCGACCCAGACACUCGGCCUUCAAACAUUGGCCCACCGUUUACGGGCCAUUUCCGAAUCACCGCAGAUACCCCACGCGGGUUACAGCCACUGCAACCAGCUGCAAGUACUGUGACAGCGGGCAAGGCGCUCUCAGCCACCGAAAAAUUGGCAGCUGGCGGCAAAGCAGAUCUCAACCUCGAAGUGCGACGAAACAUUUACGAUGACAAGGGCAAGGACGUCACACCUGCGAAGACAGAGGGCAGUGAAGCGAAUGGAGAGAAGAGCGUUGAAGAGAGCCUCAAACAGGAUGGCAAGCAGUAUUUCUGCUAUUCUUGCGGGAAGGACUGCACUCGUGUGCGGUAUCACAACUCCAAAAAUCCACCCGCCGUAGCAACGACGCCGAAGCCCAACAAGGACCAACGAUAUGAUCUUUGCAGCUUGUGCUUCCAAGAAGGACGGUUCCCCAGCUCGACCACCUCUGCCGACUAUGUCAAGCUUGAGAACGACAACUACCGUAGUGUGGGUGACAAGGAGGCGACAUGGACGGACGCUGAGCUUCUGCUGUUGCUAGAAGGUCUGGAAAUGUUCGACGAUAGCUGGGAACAGGUUGCAGACCACGUCGGAUCCAAGACGAGAGAGGAAUGCGUGCUCAAAUUCCUGCAGCUGGAGAUUGAGGACAAAUAUCUGGAAGAGACACCUACGGCAAAUGGCGUCGGGGUUCAGGACCUGGCAUAUCUUUCUGGGGGCCGAUUACCUUUCAGCCAAUUCGACAAUCCAGUCAUGUCUGUCAUGGGCUUUCUGGCUGGUCUGGCUGACCCAGCUACCACCGCAAAGGCAGCAGGCAAGAGCGUUGAGGAGAUGCGCAAACAGCUCAAGCAACGCAUUGAGGCCGAGGCGCCAUCAGCUGCCGGUGCAGAGAAAGACAAGUCUGCAGAUGCAUCUGCCCAGCCGCAAGAAGUCAAGGGCGAGGACAGCAUGGACGUCGACGACACCACAUCUCUUGCCACUCGAGAACCACCUACAUCACACGACUUGCCGACAACAGCCUUGAGCCUGACUGCUGCUCGCUCAGCUGCUCUCGCCUCGCACACUGAACGACAAUUGACGAACCAAGUAUCUGCAGCUGUCAAUUUACAGCUACAGAAGCUCGAGCUGAAGUUGCAACAAUUCAGUGAGAUGGAAGCGCUCCUUCAGGCAGAGCGUCGCGAGAUCGAGCGUUCCCGCCAAAAGCUUUUCCUCGACAGACUGCAGUUCCGAAAACGCGUUCGUGAGACAGAAGCCAGAUUCGCAAACAUGAAGCUGCAGCAACCUCAGCCUAGCGCUGAACAACCACAACAGCAGAACGCCGUUCCUGAGCAGCGGGAAGCUACCCAACCCACUGAAGCUUCCGGCUCUGGUGCUGGCAGUGAAGCACCUCAACAGCCCGAGCCUACUUCGAUCUUCGGGCAAGACAACGGAGACCUGGGUACUGCACCAGAGUCGAACGAGUUUGAGAGCACUUUUGAAGUGAUGGAAGGAAUGGAGGGAAUGGAAGGCAUGGACGAUUUCCUGAACAUGGAUGAUGUCGAACCUACCCCGGAAGUCGCUGCUGUGCCACAAAAUGACACCGAUGUCCCCAACUCAUUCGAGCCUGUUGGAGAGGACGCGGAAGGGUUCAUGAAGCACGAUUUGUAGAACGGUCAGCUCUAGCGACCUUGUUCUAUUGCGAUAUGUUUGGCCGUGCGGCCGGUGACAAGGCGAGAAUUGCCGGAUGGGCAGAUGUAUGGAAACUUUUUCAAUCAGAAAACUUGUAUUGUAGUAACGUCUGCGAUGCUUUUGAGAAGCAUAAAAAUAUGAGAUCUGUAUCAGAGUCAAUGAGUACUGUGAGAGCAUUGUCAAUCACGCGG